CGCAACACUAUAUUAAUUCGACGACUGCACAACGCAUACAAUGGGUAACUCGGCUGGACGGGCCCGGCACCAGGUCGCGCCGGUGACGCGGGGUCCGCAGCAGCCGACGCCGGCAGGGCGGGGUCUGUCCUGGGAUACCACGCCACACCGGCCUCGCAACGUUCAAGCUGAACAAUAUCUAUCGAACGUAAUCAACCCAGAGAGUGAAAACCCGCCACAGCAGCCAUAUACUCAGCCGAUCUCUGGCGGACUCCGGGGCCUGGCCCCUGGACAGCAGCAGCCCGGCACCGCCUCACCUCCGUACGGAAGCCAGAAUCCCGCGUACCUUCAAGGUCGAGUGAGUCAACAGCCGAGCGUCCCGCCGCCCUACCAGCAACCAGGUGGGUGCCCCCAGCCCGGGCUGCUCCAGCCGGCGGUGUGCGCGUCAUGCUUCGCCUGGCUGACCUCCCUGUGGUCGUGCUUCAACGUGGCAAGCUGUAUGAAAUCGAACGUCGCCGACCCGGUCAAUCCCAAUCAGGCUCCCCACAACCCGCCCUCUGCCAGUUCUACUCCCCCCAACCCCCCUCACCCCGGUGCGACCGCCCCGCCUCAGUUGAAUGCGAACGCAAAUCCGCCCAGUCCUGCAGUCGCCGGCCACACCGACGGGCGCCUCAGUGACGAUCCCGAGUCUGUGUCUACGGUCUCCGGGAGCAGUGACAUCGAUGACGACAGUGGAAGCUAUGACGAAUGAUGCCGUCAAUAGAGAAGUCGCGAUCGUGAUGUACCGACGGACGGGCUCUCACAGGAAAUGUUCGAAGGGAGGAGUUUGUGAAGCCAUGGCGACGCAAUCUCUUAGUGUGGACAGUCAUUAGUCCGGAGCUCGCCUGUCGCCUGUCGCCCGUGGACCAUGCCGCGGGCCCGACUAGUGUUAGGGCUGGCCACAUGCUUCGCUCAUCUGACGCUCACGUUAGACAAAGACAGAGCAUCAUGCCGAGCUGCUCCUUCUAGAAACGACGACGGAACUUGUUCUGUGUCAAUUAUUCGAACACUCACCAUACGCUUCUAAUUAUAUUUAUAAGAUUUUGAUACUUCA